GCUCAUUGGCGAGAAACCGNNGGUGGCAUGACAGUGGGAAGAAGCAUCAGCACUGCUGGCGGUUCACUCGUGCCGACAGCAUUGCAAUAUCUUGCCAACGACAACUAUGCCAGCUUCACAGUCAAAGGCAGCGACAGUGUUGACGAGGAUGUUGAACGUUUCAAAGAGCUGCGAGAGGUGCUUGGACCGGACUUCCCCUUGGAGAUUGACCCGAAUCAAGCAUACACAGUUCAC